AUCGAUAGCUUUCCUCCAAAGGAACCAGAACCAGAUCUGAUUCAGAUCUCCGACCAAUGGCCGCCGCCGUUUCUUCCUUCUUCGGCAUCCUCCUCCUCGCCUUCAUCUCCGUCUCCUUCGCUGAAAUUCGUUUCUCUGAGAUCCGAUCGGACCCCCGACCAAUCAUCCCCUUCGAUGAAUUUGGUUUCACUCACAAUGGUAGACUCGAGCUCAACGUCUCCAAGCUCUCUUUCUCAUCACCAGACCCUGAUCUCUCCAAAUUAGGUUUUUUCCUCUGCACGCGUGAUUCAUGGCUUCAGGUUCUUCAACAGAUCGAAGACGCCGAGAUCGCAUGUGCACUUCAAUCUCACAUCAUCCAAGAAGUUUACAACUUGAAUUCUCUCGCCAAGUCUGCCACUGCUUUCAAUCACUUUUAUCUCCAAUCGGAUGCCGAUCAAUACACUCUUGUUUUUGCCAACUGUCUCCCUCAGCUCAAGGUCUCAAUGGAUGUCCGAUCUGCUAUGUACAAUCUCGACGGCAAGUCCAAGACUCGCGAUUACCUCUCUGCUGGAAUAACCAUCCUCCCAAGGGUUUAUUUCUUGUUCUCUCUCAUUUACUUCAUUUUAGCAGCAGCUUGGGUUUACUUUUUGUACAAAAAGCGGUUGACUGUGUUUGGAAUCCAUUUCUUUAUGCUUGCCGUCGUGAUCCUGAAAGCAUUGAAUUUGUUAUGCGAAGCUGAGGAUAAGUCGUAUAUUAAGCGUACUGGUAGCGCUCAUGGCUGGGAUGUUCUGUUUUAUAUUUUCAGCUUCUUGAAAGGAAUUACGUUGUUCACAUUGAUUGUAUUGAUCGGGACUGGAUGGUCCUUCUUGAAACCAUAUCUUCAAGAUAAAGAAAAGAAGGUUUUGAUGAUUGUGAUCCCACUUCAGGUAGUUGCUAACAUUGCUCAAGUUGUUAUAGAUGAAUCAGGGCCAUAUGGGGAAGAUUGGGUGACUUGGAAGCAGAUUCUUUUGUUGGUCGAUGUGGUCUGCUGUUGUGCUGUUCUAUUCCCCAUUGUAUGGUCAAUCAAGAAUUUGAGAGAGGCAGCUAGAACAGAUGGGAAAGCAGCUGUUAAUUUGAUGAAACUGACUCUCUUUAGACAGUAUUAUGUUGUGGUUAUAUGCUACAUUUACUUCACCAGGGUUGUGGUUUAUGCAUUGGAGACCAUCACUUCUUAUAAGUAUCUGUGGACUAGUGUGGUGGCUGCUGAACUUGCAACUCUUGCUUUCUAUGUGUUUACUGGAUACAAUUUCAAGCCAGAGCCUCACAACCCUUACUUUGCUGUUGAUGAUGAUGAGGAGGAAGCUGCAUCUGAGCAAUUGAAACUUGAAGAUGAAUUUGAACUGUGAGAUCUACUUCAAAAGAGUUGAUAGCUUCAUUCCAGGUCUGUUUGAGAUGUACAGAAUUGCGAGAUCUCCUGAGAAGUGUGGUCUUUCCUACUUUCUGUUUGGAUUUAGAGAUGCGGUUUCAGCAAAACGACCAAUUGAGGUGAAAUCGUAUGGUGUAAAAAGGUUUCCUUCCGAGAGAGAACAAUAAAUCCAAGAUAAGAGGAAGAGGAAUUAUUGUUACAAAUUAUAGAUGUUCUUUGGCUAUAUUCAUGCUUCAAAUUGCUGAUUACAAAUUGGUUGGUGCAGAAUCAUAUGACAUUGCUGUUUGUCUUGUAUACAGGCCGAGUUUAAUCUUAAGUAUUAAGAGUUUUUUAA